CAAGAAGUUAUCCCUCAUAUCUGGUUAGGAGGAUAUAAAGCAUUAGAAUCUAUUCAUUUUUUAAAAAAAAAUAAUAUCACCCAUAUUCUUACUCUCGGUCAUUUUAAACCUUGUUAUAAAUCUAACGAAUUUAUACAUAAGAUCAUCCCUGUUGCAGAUAAUCCAGAAGCCAACAUUAUUCAAUAUUUUCCUGAAACGACUGAAUUCAUUGAAAAUGCUCUAAAGAAUGGACAUAAUAAUAUACUUGUUCAUUGCCUAGCUGGUGUUUCUAGGAGUCCAACUAUUCUUACAGCUUAUUUAAUGAUGACACAAAAACUAAGAUGGAAAGCUGCUUUGGCUCUCAUUAAACGAACUAGACCUUUUGUAAACCCUAAUCUAGGAUUUAUAAAUCAGCUUCGA